UUGCAGAGAACUUCUCUACAAUGGUUAAAUAAGAAAAUGAAUAUUUCUCUCAAACAUCUCUCUCUCUCUCUCAAAACUUUCAAACACAUUCUCUCUCUUCCUCGUCUCUCUUGAACUACACAGUUUCUCUUGUCUGAAAACGAGUUUAAACAAAGCUGUCUGAAUAAUUCUUGGUGUGUUUUUUUUUUUGAAAUUUAAAUUUUUAUAAAGAUAAGGUAAAAAGAAAAAAGAAACAAAGAAAUGAAGCAAAAUGUUAUUACAGCUAUUGUUUUACUACAAGCUUCUGUUCUUCUUCACAAAUCCACAUGUGUUGUUGUGUUCCUCAACACACAAGAAGAAUCUCUUGCUCCUCAACCUUCUUCUGCUUUCACUCCUGCCUUAUCUCCUGGAUAUCAACAGGGAGAGCAUAAACAACAUAGUGAUAACAACAUGAGACUGGUGAUUUCACUUGUAGCUUCUUUUUCCUUAGUUGGAAUCAUCUUAGUUUGCUCUCUGCUCUAUUGGGUUUUCCAUAGGAGAAGAAACCUCAAGAGCUCAGGCUGCGAGUGUGGUGGAAUCACAUUCUCACGUUUCUUGAAUCGGUCUAAUCACUCAAAAACACUGGACAAGAGAUCUACAAAGCAGGGAGUGGUGGCUUUGAUUGAUUACAGUAUGAUAGAGAAGGGAACUAAUGGUUUCAAUGAGAGUAACAUUUUGGGUCAAGGUGGAUUUGGAUGCGUUUAUUUGGCUACACUAGAGAACAACGUUCAAGCUGCCGUUAAGAAGCUAGACUGUGGCAGUGAUGAAGCAGCCAAGGAAUUUAAGUGUGAGGUUGAGAUAUUGAGUAAGAUCCAGCACCCGAAUAUAAUCUCCUUAUUGGGUUAUAGCACUAAUGAUACUGCAAGAUUCAUCGUCUAUGAGCUGAUGCCAAAUGUCUCUCUGGAAUCUCACUUGCACGGAUCUUCUCGAGGUUCUGCAAUCACAAUCACAUGGCCUAUGAGGAUGAAGAUUGCUCUUGACAUAGCGAGGGGACUAGAAUAUUUACAUGAACGUUGCCAUCCAGCGAUCAUUCACAGGGACUUGAAAUCGUCAAACAUACUAUUGGAUUGUAAUUUCAAUGCUAAGAUUUCAGAUUUUGGUCUUGCUGUUGUUAAUGGACCAAAGAAGAAGAACCUUAAACUCUCAGGAACAGUUGGAUACGUUGCACCAGAGUAUCUUCUCGACGGCCAAUUGACAGAAAAGAGUGACGUGUAUGCUUUUGGAGUAGUGUUAUUAGAGCUUUUACUUGGGAAAAAACCUGUUGAGAAGUUAGGUCCUGGUGAAUGUGAAUCCAUCAUCACUUGGGCAAUGCCUUAUCUCACUGAUAGAACCAAGUUACCUAACGUAGUAGAUCCCGCUAUUAAAGAUACGAUGGACUUGAAACAUCUUUACCAGGUAGCAGCAGUGGCGGUUUUGUGUGUGCAGCCAGAACCGAGUUAUAGACCUUUAAUAACAGACGUCUUGCAUUCUCUUAUACCUUUGGUUUCUAUGGAACUUGGUGGAACCUUGAAAACCAUCAGAAGAUCUGCUUCUAUGGAUCACUGCUAAACACAUCAUAGAACCGUUUUUUUUUUUAAUCGGUUUAAGAUUGACCCGGUAGGUGGUUUUGAUGUGUAUAUAUUGUAUUGGGAAGUUCUUAACCGGAACGUAGCAGAGUUUUUCUUUCAUCUUUUGUAUCCUUUCAACAAAAAUUAUUUCCUAUCAAUGUUGAACUCAGUUAUGUAAAUGAUAUCGACUUCUUUUUUAGAAUUAUUUACAUCAUUACUUUCA